CCUGCUCCCACUUCCCACCAAAAGCAGAGAAAGAAUUUCAAAGAGAUCUCACGAAUCCGAAUGGCUCGAAGCUAAUCAAAAUCCCAACAGAUAAUAUGCAUAUGUGUAUGUAUGACCAGAUAAAACGAUAAAGGGCCCAAUUACGUGACAAGAAAACGUCACUUGCUAUAGAAGUUGGGGAGAACACACGGAGGUUGAGUUUCAAGGCCAUGGGGUCUCGCUUACAGAUUCAAGGGGACGAGUCAGUUCUUUUACGCAUUACACAUUCCAACCUCAAGAGCUUCUCUACUGAUUUUCGCUUUUCUCUUCAGUUGACAGUCGAAGCCGUGAAGGAAAAGAUGUGGAAAAAAUGUGGUUCUUCUGUUAAUUCAAUGGGACUUGAGCUAUAUGAUGACAUGGGUGUCAAAAUUUCAGAAUUAAGUGAUAACUCGAGGCCUCUUGGUUUUUAUUCUCCACAGGACGGGUAUCGAUUGCAUGUUAUUGAUUUCGAUCCAUCAUCAGUUACCUCUGGCGGCUGGCUAGAAGACACGUCACUUGUAGAGAAAUACAAAAUAUCUGAAGAAGCGUACGAUAAACUUGAUGGCAAGUAUUUAUAAACUCUAUUUUGCAUGGUCAAAGACUGAAACUUGUGUACACAUAUCUCCUUUUGGCUCAUCAAGAUGCAGAAUGCAAUAUUUUGGAGAUUGCUUGGUUUCGAGCCAAGCCCAACAUGGGGUUAGGAACAAAAGUGGGGAUUUGCUUUUUAGUUAUUCGGUUGUAGGCUGUAGGAGUAGCCUGUCAGUUGUCAUGCAAGUCAUCUAUUGGGAUUCAUGUUCGAGGUCGUAGAUAGAGUUGCAACUUGUGAGUCAAAACUUCACUAUCCAAAUAGGAAAUCAAAGUUCUAUUUGGACUUCCAAUUAUCUUUAGUCGGUAUAAUAUCAUUUCAUUAUCCACA